AUGGUUGUUGCGUCAAGAAGACUUCGACAAAUCACGUCAUCAAGAAGUCUACCAGCAACUCCAGGAGAAACUCAGCGACGACGUCUACAAGCCAAGCUGUCUAGAACUCGUCAAAUCGUCACUCAACUUCAACGGAAGUUCACUCUGCCGAUACCAGCUCAAGCGAAAAGAGAAGAUCUGAUCAUCUUAAUCUUCAAGCGAUCAAGCAAGAUGAAUUUCCUGGAAUCACAAGCCAGAAUUUCUACUAGCAGGAUCAAAGGAGGACAAGACAGAGAUUUCCAAGUCACCACCACUCUUCCACCAGCUGACGAAGAACAAGCCAACAAGAUGUCGUCAAGAAGGCACUCAACGUCUUCUGGAUCAACUAAGAUUCAAAUCAAUGUAGAUUUGACAAAAUUCGGCAAGACAGUCGGAUCCCUGCAAGGACAAUCGAAUGACUUCAAAAGAUCUCGACAAAAGGAUUCAAUCCAUCGUCAUGGAAUCAAUCAAUUCCACACGAGAAGAAGAAGGAAUAACGAACUGGAAGAAGAGGCCGAGCCGAAGAUCAAGAAGUCAGUCAACCUGCUGAGGACAAGAGGCAGUUGGACAUCAAAGGAAGUCAAGCUGACCUUUGCGAGAACUUCGUCUGCUGAAACAAACGAAGGAGUGGAUGCCAAUCUCCACCUUCAUCUAUCCCAACCCGCUGUCAAUCGGAAACCAUCACUAUUGGCACACAAUUCCAAGAAGAUGUGCACGGAUUCAACCAUCACCAGGUGCUUCAAGCAACAACAUCGUUAUGAAGUACCAGCAAGAAUCAAUAAUCAUCUUCAAGGAAAGACGACAAUCCACCAUUCACAUCUUUGCUCAAGGAUUCAAGGAUUCGUCGGACAACUGAAGAAAGCCAGGAAGAAGAAGUCUUCAACUUCCCCAGCUCGAUCUUCAGUAAAGAUUCAACAACAACAAGCCAACGAUUCCAGGAUUCAGGAGCCAAGAUGUCAACGUCAAGCCCACCUAAUAGGAGGAAGCAGACAAGCAACUUCACCUGAAAAUCCAAAGAAUUUCAACAACUCCACUGCUUCACAACUCAUCUUCUGGACAGCAAACUUCGGAGUCACAACUUCAAGUCAUACCAGCCGCUUAUUCCGAGCAACAGCAGAAGCUACGCCUCACGACGAGGAUAGCUACAAGGAACAAUUUGGAAUAGCGAAGAAGCACAAGCAGAAGACGAAAACUUCAUUUCAAGCAGCCGUCUGA